AUUUUGGUCCUUAUGAGCGCCUUACUGCCUGCAGUACUGGCUCAAGAGAUGCCCACAUGUGCCGCGAAUUGUCUUGUGUCAAGUCUGAAGGCGGUACCGGAAUGCGAUCCAACUGAUAUUCCAUGCAUGUGUACCAACAAACCCCUCAAAGCCGCAAUCCAUGAAUGCGUUGGCGCAUCUUGUACAGUUAAGCAAGCUCUGACCGCUACAAACAUGACAAUGACGAUGUGUGGGGCGCCUGUCCGCGACAACACGCAUAUCUUACCCCUAGUCAGCGGGAUCUCUGGACUUUUUGCACUUACUGCCGUCAUUGUUCGUUGUGUUGCAGCUGGGAAGAAUCUGGCACUUGAUGAUAUCUUCGUCGCCGCUGCUAUGGCUGGAGCGAUACCCAUGGAUGUCCUGCAACUUUACACUGGUCCUGCUGGGUUCGGAAAGGACGUUUGGAAUGUUUCGUUCGACAACUUGUACUACAUCCUCAAGUUAGUAUAUAUAACCCAAGUGCUUUACUACCCAGUCUCUGGUUUCACCAAACUAGCAUUCCUCUUCUUCUACCUCCGGAUUUUCCCCUAUGAUGGAUUGAGGAAGACGUUGUAUGUCCUCAUCACCCUCUCUGUUCUCUACGCGGUGAUUUUCGACAUCGGGAUGAUUUUCAGCACUUGGCCUAUCUCAUACACGUGGACGUCAUGGGACGGGGAGCACAAGGGUCGGUCCAUUGACGUGCAUAAAUUUAUCUAUGCGGGUGGAGGCGUGAAUAUUGCUCUCGACAUUGCCGUCAUCCUCGCUCCUAUACCCGGACUUAUGAAACUGUCAAUGACCCUAAAAAAGAAAUUAGCCAUUAUAGCAAUCUUCAGCGUUGGUGGUUUUACCCUCAUAGUAUCCUGCAUCCGCCUCCAAAAGCUCACCCAAUUCGCCACCACCCAAAACCCCACCUGGGACAACGUCCCUAGCGGCUACUGGUCCAUGCUUGAAGUCAACGUCGGCAUUUUCUGCGCUUGCAUGCCGGCAUUCCGACGCUUCGUCGCCCGUCUUCUACCUGAAUGGUUCGGUUCCGCGAAAACUAGGGACAGCCGCUACAAAAACUUUGAGGAAACACCUCCA